AUGCAGACAGCGUCACGGAAGCGCAGUGUUUCAUCCUGCAUUGCCUGCUACACGAGAAAACAAAAGUGUAACCGCCAAUACCCUUGUAAUCAUUGUGCUCGACGUCGACGGCCUGAACAGUGUGCCUACUAUUCACCCCGGGAUAUACACUCUACUGUCAAAUCUGCGGUGCAGGUGGACAGUACCCACGUGGAUGGCAAACGGACUGGGGAGAGCCUACACAAGGAUGGAGACGACCAUAAAUCCUUGAGCACAUUAUCUGACCUGAAGGAAAACAAGAACGAGGAGGGACCCUCAUCUCUCGUGGAACAUUUCGGCUAUUUUGAGGAAAGUAGAUCAAAUACUAUAGCCCUUAUAAGAAGGUUUGGUCUACAUGACAACCAAUCUGGAAGCAGCCCGUUGUUGUCGGACAAUACAGCCGCUGAAGUACAACAGAGCUUGCGACAAAUGCCCGAACGUUCUAUUCUGGACUUUCUGGUGCGGUAUUUUGUCACUGAUGUCAAUUGGAUAGACCAGAUGGUUUACACCCCAUGGUUCCUAGAUCGUUACGAGAAAUGGUGGACCGUCGACAGCCACUCAUAUGUGGGUGACGUCGAGUUCGCGGUUCUUCUGCUCAGAAUAUCUUCCUAUGCAUCAGAGUUUCUCCCUUCUCCCGCCUAUACUAUUGACCGGGUACGGGGUAUGCCCUUGGCCGAAAUUCGUAGCGCGUGUGAUGCGAUCGCCGAUCGCCUAGCGGCAAUUUGUGCCCGUCUUGAUUCGAGGGGCUCCCUGAUCCGGGUCCAACAUAUAGCAUUUGGUGGCCUGAAGUCUGCGUGUGAGGGCCAAUUCAGUGCCUUCUGGGAAGCACUCAGCUGUGCCAUUCGCGUAGCACAGCGGGUUGGCAUUCAUCAAGAACCCCCGGCAGCGGCCCAUGUCAUGGACGAAAUAGAGAAAGAGAUGCGACGGAGGUCAUUCUGUAACCUUUAUAUAUGGGACAGCCUGCUAUCCAGAAAACUGGAUUACAUCCCUUUCCUGCCACGCCGCUUGAUUACGGAGUGUGCGCCUCGCAUGCGCCUCAUGGCCGACGUCGACGAUCCAGAUGCCCCGGAGGAAUUUACACAACGGUCUCUGCAGGCCCGACUGGUCCAUUUUUGGAGGAGCUCCACGCCCGAAAAUGGUACGCGCUACGAUGUCAUCCUGGCUGAGGAAACUUAUGAACGAUUCUGCAACGAGUUCCUCCCCACACUGCCGUCCCCAUUUGGCCUAUACCCAAACCAGACCUGGGACAAGCGUCUUCCGACCCUUCCUCUACAGAGGCAAGUUCUUCACAUUAACUUCUUUGAGUUUCUGUGUUCCAACUUUAGGCCUUCCCUGCUGCAGGAGCCUUGUCACGUACAAGGUAUGCCCAAAUAUAAACAGGUUUUGCUGUCCUCGCAAAGAAAGGCUCUGGCAGCAUCAGCCCUCCAUUUGCUGGAAGCGGCCUCCACAUUGCACGCCAUGAUGGGUGCUUCUCACACGCGAUAUGAGGGCAUAAUCUUUCCCACGUUCGAGGCCGCAGUAUUACUUGUGUCCCUGUGUAUUGAUCAUGACUUUUCGGGGAACGAAGAAGUCCGCCCCAACUCGUUCAAAGUGGAUCCUCUUGGUGCUGGCAUGGCUAGCGUCUCGCGCGAGAAAUGCAUGUCAGCAGCACAAGACGCCCUCACUCGACUGCGGAUGCUUGCUGAGAUUAGUAGCAUGGCCGAGGUGGGAGCGCGGGCUCUGACUCAGCUCAUUGAAAGAGCAACGGCAUCGCCUGCUAUGCAACCGGAAUCUGAUGACGCAAUUUGGAGCAGUAUGCAUUUUCCUGAACUUUCGACUCUUAGUGGUCUUCCAGACUUGCUCUCGCUCACUGACACUGGUCCUACUUACUCAAGUUGGGGGCCCCUGAAUACUGGCCCAGAACUUGAUAUCAAUCAUUGA